GAUGAGCGUGUCAGCCCCCCACAGCAGCUCCACCACUGGGGUAUUCAACUUUGUGGCAGGACGGAGUGGGAGAACUGGUGGCACGGCCCCUUUCUGGGGAUGCCUGAGUCAGAACUCCCUUGGUGCAGCUGGCCAGAGCACACUGUUUGCCAUCUACGUGGCCAGCACACCUCAGAACACAUCUGUGCUUGCAGCAAUCUCCUCUGGCUUUGGAGCAGUGACCCAGACUACCAGCUGUGGGACCAGUACAUCAGGGUUUUGCAGCACCAUCUCAGCGCCCUUCACAUUCAGGGUAUCAGCAGGCCCCACUGGCAGUGGGGGCAUUGGGACAAGCAUGGCUGCCCCCCACAGCAGUUCCACCACUGGGGCAUUUGGCUCUGCGUCAGAACAGAGUGGGAGAGCUGGUCUCAGGAACCCUUUCUGGGGAGCCUUGAAUCCAAACUCCCUGGGUGCAGCUGGCCACGGCACACCCUCUGGUUUCCAUGUGGCCAGCACGCAUCAGAAUAUGCCCGGGUUUUCAGGUGAGAUUUGGAAUGGGCUCGGUUUGCAGUGCCAGGCAUUGUCUUAGGUGCUGACACAGACUCCGCUUUCGGAGCUGUAUUCUGUGGUGAAGAUUUAGAUGUUAUCACAGAAGUUAUCUGUAAACAGCGUCAGGUAGCAGUGAAACCCAUAACCGGAGGAGCUAUUUAGGUAGUCAGUGGCAGCUUUUCUGAGACAAUAGCAAACUGAGGCCAUGGCCGCGGUUCCAGAGUUGGGAG